UAUGAACAUGUGAAAUAUUUGGUAAUAUUGAGCUAAAAUCUCCAUAUAAACACUUUAGAAGAAGAAGAAGAAAUAUUUGGUAAAUAUGGAAGCAUUAAUCGGGGACGAAUCUUCGGAAUGUGAGCAAGAAUUGAGUAUUAACGAAGAUUAUGCUAAAAAAUAUACCAAAUGGAGAGAAAAAGAAGAAUUACAAAAACUUAAAGAUCGAUAUGGAGAAGACGGUUUAAGAGAUUCUUCCUCAGAAUCAUCAUCAUCUGAAGAAGAAGAAGAGGUAUGCUUAUAUAUUAUUUGCUUUCUAUAUCUCUAUUUAAAAGCAAACGAAUACUGUAUUAAUUUGCUAUUAACACAUUUUCAACUGCUUUUUAAAAAUGUUAAAAUUUUAAAAAACCUUUAUAUACUUCAGAAU